AAACACACACCGCGCAGCUAAUUAGCUAUGAGAAUACCAGAAGCUCUUAUUCUUCUUCCUCAUGGCCAAAAUCAUUCGCAGUACCACUGAGAGAAUGACUCGUUUUUGCCGGAAAAUCGUUCCGGUUAAUGUCCGGUGGAGCGUCCUCGAGAAGGUAUCCUUUAUUGGCCGUUUCUUCCAGUUCAUCUGGGAUAGGAUUCUAGUCUGCUCCGUCGGCAAACCGGGCCGUUACCGGAGAAUACCUCUCCAGGACUAUCCUUUGAUGCCGGCCACGGCGACAAUCAAAGUCGAUGAACUGGUCGGAGAUCAGCCGUCGGUUACCGGCAGUGGUGGGUAUGAUGCUGAUUCAGAUUUGGUGAGCCUGAAGAUCAGUUUAUUGGGUGAUUGCGAUAUUGGGAAAACUUCGUUUGUGAUCAAGUAUGUAGGGAAUGAGCAGGAAAAGAGGAGUUUGCAGAUGAAAGGACUAAAUUUAAUGGACAAGACCUUGUUUGUUCGAGGAGCUCGAAUUUCUUUCAGUAUAUGGGAUGUUGCAGGUGACAAAGGAUCAUCAGACCAAAUUCCCCUGGCUUGUAAAGAUUCGGUAGCCAUUCUGUUCAUGUUCGAUCUUACCAGUCGAUCUACACUGAACAGUGUUGUUGGAUGGUUUAGUGAGGCAAGAAAGUGGAAUGAGACAGCACUUCCUAUUCUGAUAGGAACAAAAUUUGAUGAUUUUGUUAGACUCCCCCCUGACGUGCAAUGGACCAUUGUCACCCAGGCGAGGGCAUAUGCGAGGGCAAUGAAGGCGACGCUAUUUUUCUCGAGUGCAAGACACAACAUUAAUGUGAACAAAAUCUUCAAGUUUAUAAUGGCCAAGCUCUUCAACUUGCCCUGGAAAGUGGAGCGAAACCUGACGCUGGGAGAGCCCAUCAUUGACUUCUGAUUCACAAUUGUGUUUGUAUGUGUAUACUGUAUAUAUAGCACCGGAAGCAGCAAACAAUAACCCAACAUUCACUCACUUGCCUAACUCUUUACUUCUGCUCAUUUUUAACUCCCUUCUUUUGUGCUUGGAGAGUACUACUACUUAUUAUCCCAAUCCAAAGCAAGCAAAUAUACAGAUAUCAACAUGACACAUCUUUCUUGCUCUUAUAUUCGUAUGUCUGAUGUUCUCUUCGGGGAAAUAAAUCAUUGUUAAUAAUGUCAAAACAGAAAAAUUCCUGAUCCAAA